ACGUUGCAUGGGUCCCCGGUUAUUGAUAACACAAUUUGCCCGAUGGGAUCCAUCCCAGUAACGUGAAACGCGUGGAUAUAGGGACUGGAGGUACAACAGACAGCCCGGACCGAAGAAAAACAAACGAUCUCCUCAUUAACACCGACAAAUAGAAAUCUGAGCCCACCCCUUCACUUGACAACGCGACAUCAACCAGGCAGAAAGGCUUACGUCUCAUCUUUCCAUCCUCCACCCUAACCUGCCGUGUUGGGGAAACCCCUAAUGAGUGGGACCUGUAUCCAUGAGCCCCGUGCCCCUUCCCCCUCCCUGUCAGGCUUCAGCACCCCCAUCUCAGAACUCUAUCGAAGAAUCGAUGGAGACAGUCCUGCCUGCACCCCUGAAACGGACCUGACGCCCACACAGUGUGUCAUCCGCAACGUGCUGUCCAUCGACACUGGUGGACCGGGGGCGCCGGGCGGCAGCAGCCCCACUCCCAGUGAUGGACCCUCAGCCCACUUUGACAACAGCGUGCUAAAACUACAUGAACAUGAGGCCUGCCAGUGUGGCGGCGGGGCCGAAGCCGGGCACAGCCCAGAGGCUGGUGCUGUUCGGAGCCAGUCGGAGAACAUUCGGCUACAAGCAGGAAGUGGAGGUUUUUUGGAGGGACUGUUUGGCUGCCUGAAACCAGUCUGGACCAUGAUUGGAAAGGCCUACUCCACUGAACACAAACAUAGCCAUGAAGAGUCCUGGGAAGUUCCUUUUGAGGAAAUCUCCGACCUGCAGUGGGUGGGGAGCGGGGCACAGGGGGCCGUCUUCCUCGGCAAGUUCCACGGAGACGACGUGGCUGUAAAGAAAGUGCGGGACAUCAAAGAGACCGAGAUCAAACACCUGCGCAAACUCAAGCACCCCAACAUCAUCACUUUCAAGGGCGUGUGCACUCAGGCUCCUUGUUACUGUAUCUUGAUGGAAUACUGUGCCCAAGGCCAACUGUACGAGGUGCUGAGGGCGGGUCGUAAAAUCACCCCCUCCCUCCUGGUUGACUGGUCCAUGGGCAUCGCAGGUGGCAUGAACUACCUGCACCUCCAUAAAAUCAUCCAUCGAGACCUCAAGUCCCCGAACAUGCUGAUUACACACGAUGACCUGGUAAAGAUCUCUGACUUCGGCACCUCAAAGGAGCUCAGUGACAAGAGCACCAAGAUGUCAUUCGCCGGCACCGUAGCGUGGAUGGCUCCUGAAGUAAUUCGGAACGAGCCGGUGUCGGAAAAGGUGGACAUCUGGUCCUUUGGAGUGGUGCUGUGGGAGAUGCUAACUGGAGCGGUUCCUUACAAAGAUGUGGACUCAUCCGCCAUCAUCUGGGGCGUGGGGAACAACAGCCUCCAGCUGCCCAUACCUGAGAGCUGCCCUGACGGCUUCAAGAUCCUCCUCAGACAGUGCUGGAACUGUAAGCCCAGGAAUAGGCCCUCUUUCCGUCAAAUCCUUCUUCAUCUGGAUAUAGCGUCAGCGGAUUUGCUGUCCACUCCACAAGAGACGUACUUCAAGUCUCAGGCUGAAUGGCGAGAAGAGGUGAAACAGCACUUUGAGAAGAUUAAAUCUGAGGGUACUUGUCUUCACCGACUCGAUGAGGAACUGAUCAACCGACGCAGAGAGGAGCUCAGGCAUGCUUUGGACAUUCGCGAGCACUAUGAGAGAAAGCUGGAUAGGGCUAACAACCUUUACAUGGAGCUCAGCGCUGUCAUGCUGCAGCUGGAGCUCAAAGAGAAAGAGUUGCAGAGGAGAGAGCAUUCUUUGGAUAAAAAGUAUCCAGGCUUGUUUAAGCAUCACAGCUCCAGGCAGAGCAGCUCCUCCAACACCAUGGACAAACUCAUCAAGAAGAGAAAUGUCCCGCAGAAACUGCCCUCAGGAAAGAGGCCAGACAUCCUCAAGUCUGAGGUAAUCAUUCCCAAAAUGGACUCCUCCGUGAUGCAAGUCACUAUCCCAGCCUGCCCCAACAGAAGCUCCACUUCUCCCAGCCGGUCUCGGAGGGUAAAGACCCGCCACCGCAAGCCCGGGAAGGGCAGCAGCGGGGACCUGGCUGGACUCAAGGCAAAUCAGUCGUCCUCUAAUAGGGACACAACCGCCCAGGCUAACAGUUCUACCACUAACACCUCCAAGCAGCUCCUGGAGCCCUCUGCAGAUCUGCGGUGCCUCGGCCAUGAGCAGCAGCAGAGGCAGCUUUCCUCCUCCAGCCCCGACCUCAUCUGCACCACGCUCGAGGCAGAGGGGCAAGGGAAAGGGGAGUCCUCUGUGGGAAGGCUGGAGAGAGGGGGGAGCCUCAGUGCCUCUGCAGGAUUAGGGGGAUCACAGGGGGCGGCAGCUGGUCUGGAUGAUCUCACAGAAACCCCCCCACGUAGCGACACGCCGAGCGAGGACGCUGCGUCGUUCCCGUUCUCUAGCAGCCCAGACUCACCGUGUGGGAGGGGGGCAGCAGCAGGACGGGGGUCUCUGGGUUCUCCACGUCUGCCUCAUGAUGGGGAGGAUAAAGAGGAGGGAGCUGGUGCGGUGAGGUUGCCCCGAGGGGCAUCAGGGGGAAUUGGGAGUCAGCACCUCACUCCUUCAGCCAUUCUGUACAGGGCAGCUAUCUCACGCAAACAGAGGCGUGGAGUGUCAUCAGAAGAGGAGGAGGGUGAAGUUGAUAGUGAAGUUGAGUUACCACGGAGACGACGUCCGACAAGCAUCACCAAGUGCCAGUCGGUGUCCACCUUUAGCUCAGAGAACCUGUCGGUGUCGGACGGCGAGGAGGGCCACACCACUGACCACUCUCACAGCGGCACCCCCGACGUGGUCAGCACCAACACAGACGACAGGUUGGACGACCGCAGCGACGACCUCCUCUCUCAGGGGUCAGAGAUCCCGGCGGACAACACUGAUCCUGCCCAGCCGUUUGACGGCCUGUCGGAAAGAGACGCAGCGCUGGGACCGGCCAAAGCUCAGCUGGACGUCGGGCAGAAUCCUAAUGAGAGUCGGGCACUGUGUGAUGACUCUGACUGCGACAGUGCUGAGCUGGAUCAGUCAGGUAGCGGGGAGCCGAGUCGUCCUCCCAGUGCUGGAGCGUGGGUGUCUCCUUCUCAACCCUACCAGGAGUCUCCACAGGCACCCCAUACAGGACCUCCAUAGAUCACUGGACGCUAGCAAAGACCUCCAGCUACUAGUAAUGCAGUACAUUACUGUUGUCAUGAGGGAUCACACCUACUACACCACUCAGACUAUGACAAGUUUACUUAUGGUGUCUCAUAAGUUUGUUGGCUGGCAAACCUACAUCAGAUAUUUUGGCAGCUUUGGACAUCAGAUAAAUGUCAUUUAAGUUCAGUAGGGUUUUUGUUUCAGGCAAAAUAGUUACAAAAGUAACCUAAGCCACUGCUCCGGUUCAGAAGAAACCCUACCACAGACGCACACGCACGCACAAGAUAUCACACUUGUUGUCCUUUAAACACUCUAAUCCUCACUCUGGGAGCAUCCUCCAUGAUACUCCACACACUAAUGCAUCAAAUACUAAUAAAUAAUAAUGUAAAUAUCCAUUACAUACCACAUGAGAAAUAUCUAACUUUAUUUUAUUUGUAAGAUAAAAAAGUAAAACUAAAUGGUAUGCAGCCCUGUGAACAAAUGCAUGACUACAUGUUUAUAAUUUAUGGUUCGAAUGUGUCCGUUUUAUAUUUUGUGAAAGUUUACACUUUUUUAAUCCUGAAAGUAUUACUUCAGUUAAUUUCCUUUUAGUUUUUUUUGUUAAUAAAUGUCAGCACUCAAGAAAAAAAAAAGGGAAUGAAAAUUUCACCAAGAUGUCGAUCAUGAUGCAUAAUUAGGAUUCUCAGUAGGUAAUAUAUUAUUUUUUUGAACCCUCCUACUACUGAGUUUCAAAUACACAUAAGACAUGAUUGAGGUUUUUUUAUCAAGCUUAUCUUUGUGAUGGGAUGGACGACCUUUGGGUUCCCUCAAAAUGCACUUUUGCCGGUCGGUGUUGCUUCACCAGUUUCUCAAAUUGUCGGCUUUUUGAUUGUGUUUUAUUAGUAGGAUGUGGUGUGUUCAUAGAAUGACAUACACAUUGUUAAACAAGGUACUAUCUAAGCAACUGGUGCUAGUGCUUUAGUGAAGGAGUACUCCUCCGAUUUAGCAUUGCACUCCUCUUAACAUUGAACAGCUGAAAAAAAGCUCAAAAUUGGUGCAGCAGAACCAGAGAUAUAAUCUGCUCAUUUCCUGGCGCCUACAUUACCCACAAUGCAACUCGACCGACAAUAGUUGUUGGGGGACUCCCUAAAAACUUGGUAUAAACCUUCUCAGCCCGUGUUCUGAGAGCACGUUUAUCUUUCGGCAACAUUUAUUUGAUACAUGUCAAGUACGGAGCCAUACAGAAUAUAUUAUUCAUGUUUUCCUAUAGUUUGUAUAUUUGGUUUCACACCCAUGUACCGGUACAUGGAGAUUGAUACUCUGCAUUUUAAGCCCAUUUCGGCUGGGCAUCCAUUGAUGCAAGAUACAUUUAUCAGAAUACAGACCGGCCCCAUCAGAGUAGAUUUUUGUCGUUGGACAUAAAUAUAAAUCUCAAUAUAUUUUUGCACUAAUUAGUUGUACAUAUUUUCCAGUAUAACGUUAUGAUGGUACGUUUGAGAAUAUAUCAGCAGUCAGGUUAAAGUAAUUUGAAAAUCUGCAGGGAAGUUUAGCCGUGCCAGCAAUGCAGGGAGCAAAAAAUUCCAAGUGUAUCUUUGUAAAUCGAUUAUUACAAAAAUGAUCAACUCUGAAGUUAGAAUUAGGUGCGAGGUCUCCUGUAGUUUCAAUCCUUUAGUUUCAGGCAAAGAUUCGGUUAAUAAACAACUUUUUAGGUUACCGGUUUAGCUAGCUUAUUCCAAAAAGUGAGGAGAUGACCCAAUGUGACUCCACUCACACCGAGGCUGUGUGACGCAGGACGUAAAGCACCGCCCCCCGAGUGAAAUAUCAAGUCUUUAGCGAGUCCCGUUGAGUCGGAGAUUCGGUUUGAGAAUAUUUGUAAUUUUCAAAAUUGAAACCCAACUAACUCCAAUCACAUCACAUCAGGCAGUUAAGUUGUAUAAACCCACAACAAGCUUUAUACAACUUUGUUUAAAUUGUGUAAAUUGGGUGGAGUUCCCCUUUAAGUAAAAAAACCAAAAGGGGCUCCAGUAGUUCAUGAUGUUCAUAAGCUUCAUAAGAACCUCAACUGUUCCCGUUACCCUUUAAGAUAACUGCAGACGUAGCCAGAUAAGGAAUAUAGCACUUCUGUGGUGGUUACUAGUAGAACUAAGUAUCCUUUGGGUUUAAAUAGAAAUGUUUUGUUUUUAUACAGCAUUGCACAUUGUACCUGUAACAUAGGAAUUAUAUCGAAAGCAAAAUAUUAUGAGCAACAAUAAAUAAUGUAUUGGUUAAGCA